GAAUAGAGCAGUGGUGAAGGCGAAGGUGAAACCCCAGAGAAACGAUGUUCUACUAUCCCAACGUGCUUCAGCGCCACACCGGCUGCUUCGCCACCAUCUGGCUGGCGGCGACGCGCGGCAGCCGCUUGGUGAAGCGCGAAUACCUAAAGGUGAACGUGGUGAAGACUUGCGAGGAAAUCCUCAAUUAUGUGCUGGUGCGAGUGCAACCCCCGCUGCCUGGCCUGCCGCGGCCCCGCUUCUCCCUCUACCUUUCAGCCCAGCUCCAGAUCGGCGUGAUCCGCGUUUACUUUCAACAAUGCCAGUACCUCGUAGAGGACAUCCAGCACAUCUUGGAGCGUUUACACCGUGCCCAGCUGCAGAUGCGCAUUGAUAUGGUAGAGGCUGACCUACCCAACCUGCUGCUUCCUAACCACCUGGACUUGAUGGAAACCCUGGAAGAUGCUCCAGACCCCUUUUUUGGGAUGAUAUCUGUGGAUCCCAUACUUCCCAGUCCCUUCAAUAUCCCUCAGAUUCGACACCUCUUGGAGGCUGCAACCCCAGAGAGAAUCCCUAAAGAGCCUAGGAAACCAGAAAGGAUCCUGGUCACUGUGCUGUCUCCCGAGGCCAUCACCAUCCAGGAGGCGGAGCCCAUACACAUGCUGCAGAUUGAGGGUGAACAGGACCUCCCAGAGGUCAGCCGCCGAGACCUUGACCUACUGAUCGCUGAGGAAGAUGAGGCUCUCCUGUUAGAGGAACGUCGUAGGGCCCACCUAGCACCAGACGAGACCAAGGAGGAGCCCCGGGCCCCAGAGGGAAACACCAUAGUUCCCCCACUCUCGCCUCUAGCUCUUGCACAAGUGGAAGGGGCAAUAGAGCCACUUCCAGGCCAAUUGCUAGCCCCUGAAGAACUCAGGCUGGCAGGCUGGGAGCCCGGGGCCCCACUUACUGAGGUGACCCCUCCUCAAGAGCUGCGUCCACCAGCCCCACUCAGCCUAGAGCGGAGGAGGCCCCCAGUCUUCCCAACUCCUAGGAGUCCACCUGCUCGCCGCCGCCGCCAGUUAUUGUUCUGGGACAAGGAGACUCAGAUUUCCCGAGAGAAAUUUCAGGAACAACUGCAAACCAGAGCCCAUUGCUGGGAGUGUCCAAUGGUGCAGCCUCCAGAAAGGACCACGAAAAGUCCUGCAGAGCUGUUUCGAACCCCAACUCACACGUGCUGGCUACCUCCAGAACUGCUGGCUCUCUGGACACACUGUGCCCAGCCACCCCCAAGAGCACAGGUCAGGAGACGAAGGCCACCCCAGGAGCCUGAGGAGGAGGCUGCUGAGAGGGAGGUAGCAGCUGAGGAAAUAAGAAAGGCUGAAACUCCGAGUGAUAUUGAGGUGCUGAGGGAGGCCCAGGAGCCCAGUGGACCCCUCAUGCUGUCUUCAGAGCUCUCCCUAGAAGCAGCUGAGGAAGAGAAGUCCCGCAUCAGCCUCAUCCCCCUGGAAGAACGGUGGGCCUGGGCUGAGGCAGAGCAGCCAGAGCCCCCUGCUUUGCCCAUGGUGCCUGAACUCCCUGAAGUACCCAUGGAGAUGCCUGUGGAGCUGCCCCCAGAGCCUGAGCUGCUCUCGCUGGAGGCCAUGCACAGGGCAGUGGCCCUGGAGCUGCAGGCCAACAGGAAGCCUGAUUUCAGCAGCCUGGUAUCACCUUGCAGCCCCCGCAGGAUGGCUGCCCGGGUCUUCUACCUGCUCUUGGUGCUUGCAGCACAGAAGAUUCUACGUGUGGAACAAGAGAAGCCAUAUGGGCGCCUCCUGAUCCAGCCAGGGCCCCGAUUCCACUAUGGCUAG